CGAUGUAAGAAAUCAGUGGCGCGUGCCCAGUUUGUCUGUGAAACUUGAAACGAGGGUUUAACAUUUGUUGCAUCUUUUUCGCACACACGUUUUCACUUUGCAGUUCAACCCAGCUAGCAUUCUCAACCGUUCUCCCGCUCAUUCCUCUGGUUUGUGGCCUCAUGCUGUUGUCAGUGAUUUGGUAUUAGUUGUCCCCUGGCCUGGCCAUUGACUCUUGAGUCUUGAGCCAGUACCUUUUUCCGGUUGUUGAACAUUCCACAUUUUAAAACAUUGACUUCUACCAGUCAUUCUUGUCACUUCUAUAAUAUGGAAAACCCAGAUACAGCGCUGACAACUUCAUCCCUGCCUCCACCACCUCCAUUAGCUGCGGACGAGCCAGAGCCCAAGAAGCUGAAGAUGUCCACCACAACUUCUGAUGAUGAAGAAUGCAAAACUGCCCCGGGCACCAAGAAACGAUACAAACGCCGUAAGGUUGCCAUUUUCUUUGCUUACUGUGGUGUUGGCUAUCAGGGUAUGCAGAAAAACCCUGGUGCAAAGACCAUUGAAGGUGACCUAGAAGAGGCCUUAUAUGUGUCUGGAGCUGUUCCUGAACAUGAUCGUGGAAUUCCUAAACGAUAUGACUGGGCUCGCUCAGCUAGAACAGAUAAAGGUGUUAGUGCUGUUGGUCAGGUUGUCUCCGGUCGUUUCUACAUUGAUCCUCCUGGCCUUGUUGACCGCCUUAAUUCAAACCUUCCCUCUCAGAUAAGGAUCUUUGGUUACAAGCGUGUGACAGGUUCUUUUAGUGCCAAGAAGUUCUGUGACCGGAGGAGGUAUGUCUAUCUCAUUCCCGUGUUUGCUCUUGAUCCAAGUUGUCACCGUGAUAGAGAGACUGUCAUGGCUAGUUUGGGAUCUACAAACGAGCUUGUUAAAUGUUUGGAGUGUUCUGAGAGAGGCCGAAAGGUGGUAGGAUUAGUUGGCAACCGUAAGCACAAUCUGGAACUUGAAGCUAUGGAUGUUGACGCUGGAUCAAACAGAGAUGUUGUGCUUGAUUCUGUAGUUGCAGAGGAUGUGGAAGUUUCUCUGAGCAAAGGGGAUGAUAAUCAUUUAAAUGGGGAGUCUGGGAUUGAUACUAAGGGUGAAGUUUUAGUUGAUGGCACGAACCCUGAAACUGGUAUUGAGAACAUGAUUACUGUUCAGGAUGAGGAUAUGCCUUUGAAUGGUGAAUCUGUGAAUAAUUCAGACAUUAUUGAGGAAGAAAAAAUGAACGGAGUGGAUAAGUCUACUGGUGGAAGCAGGUUCUGUUACGGUGAGAAGGAGAGGGAGAGAUUUAAUAAGGUUUUAAAUUUUUUUGUUGGGACUCAUAAUUUCCAUAACUUCACCACCCGAACAAAAGCACAGGACCCUGCUGCUCGUCGUUACAUUAUUUCAUUCAAUGCUAACACUACUGUUGUAGUUGAGGGCAUUGAGUUUGUAAAGUGUGAGGUUGUGGGACAGAGCUUCAUGCUUCAUCAGAUACGGAAGAUGAUAGGGCUGGCAGUGGCAAUAAUGAGAAAUUGUGCACCAGAAUCACUUAUCAAUAAAGCUUUGCAGCAGGAUGUGAACAUUAAUGUGCCUACUGCUCCUGAGGUUGGAUUAUAUCUGGACGAGUGCUUCUUUUCUUCAUAUAACCAGAAGUGGAAAGAUAGCCAUGAAGAGGUGUCAAUGAAAGCAUAUGAGAAAGAAGCUGAGGAGUUCAAAAUGAAGUACAUAUAUUCCCAUAUUUCUUCCACGGAGCAGAAGGAAGGAACUGUUGCUCUUUGGUUGCAUUCUUUAAACCAUAGAAAUUAUCCAGAUCUGCGUGUUGUCAAUGAGGAAGCCACCACUGAUAACAAGAGUGCUGAUCCUGAAGAAGCCAUUUCUGAUUACAAGACUGCUAAUCCUGAAGAAAUUACUGAUAACAAGAGUGCUGAUCGUAAAGAAGCCAUCACUGAUAACAAGAGUGUUGAUCCUGAACAAGCCAUCACUGAUAACAAGAGUGCUGCUGAUCCUGAACAAGCCAUCACUGAUAACAAGAGUGCUGCUGAUCCUGAACAAGCCAUCACUGAUAACAAGAGUGCUGCUGAUCCUGAACAAGCCAUCACUGAUAACAAGAGUGCUACUGAUCCUGAAGUAGUAGUGACUUAGUGAACUGUGUUUCCAAUCUUUUGGACCUGACUUUUCACUGCAUACAAUUGAUUGUUAUAUGUCUAUCUCCCCUGCUUCGCAUCAUGUACAAUAUAUAAAGUAUGUGAUGUGGUUCUGAGUCCAUCACUCGGUAACGACACAAAAGUAAUGGACGAAUAUAUAUGUUAGAUUUUGUUAUUUUUUAGUCUA